AUGGGGGGGCGACCUAAGCACCUUGCCCUGUCCCACAGCUUUGUGACCUUCCCCCACAACCACCACCAACACCACUAUGUCCCCCCCGCCCUAGUCUCAGCACCACCACCACCAUCAUCACAGCACCCCCUUCAGCAGGCGACGCGGGCCCCCGGCGCAGGGCCGUCCUCUUGGGGACGCUCAGGAGAUCCCCAGAAGGCCCAGCAGUUUCUGGCUCUGUUUGACCGGGGUGAAGCUCUCGCCCGUGAAAACAACUACCACAGUGUUGCGCUGAGCUACGGCACUCUGCCCCGGGCACCCCGCAGGGCGGCCCCCUCCGGCUCCUCCUCCUCCCUCCCCCGGCCCAGGGAGGGCCCCGCUGGCCCCUCCGGCAGCCUCUGGAGCCGGCCCGACCCUGGCUACACCACCCUAGCACACCCACGCCGCUCCGCCUCCAAGCCUGGCACCGCCAACGGGUUGUACAGGCAGCCGGGCAAGCCCAACGGCACCAUGCCCCCCCACUACUACCAGCACCAGCCCCCCCCGUCCCACCAUCCCCGCCGGCUGUCCGGGGAGACCCUGGCCCAGCCCCUCCGCCUGGACGUGCCCCCUGAGGGCGACUGGAGGACCCCUACCCACAGGGUGGCAGCGCCCCCGUCUGUCCGGGAGGCCCACCCUUUUUGCCAGCCCGCCCAGAGGUCUGAAUGCCUGCCCAUCAGAGCUGGGCGCGCCCCUUACGGCAGCAGUGCCCAGCUCUGCUCCCUGUGCCAACAGCUGCCCAGCGAGCCGUCACGCCACUACUGCCAGGCCUGCGGGGCGUACAUGGCACGCUUCCGCCCCGCCUGCUGAUCCAGCCGGGCCUGGUCAACACGCUGUCUGCCCCCCCCCUCCCUCCCAAAACACCCCCUCACCUCCACCCCCCAGUUCGCUGGGUCUGCACAAAGGCCUGAGGUGAAAACACACACACACAGAAGAUUCCGCUCUCAAAGACUAGCGCGUAAUCUCAGUCGUCACAAACCUCUGAUUUUAAUGAAUGUCUUCGUGACUUCAACACCUGUCGUAGCGUCAGAGCUGAUAGGAGCAGUUUCCAGUUCUCCGGUUGCACUCGGCUCAGACUGAAGGGUGGAGGCAGCGUUUUGGAGAGAGAGAGAAAAACUCACAAAUGCAAAAACAUUAAAUAAAUCGUGAAUACUUUCAAAUCGUUACAAGACAGAAAUGGUUGUUCUGCAAUGUUCCAACCUCAUUAUAUACACUGCUUUGUAUGGAAGAAGACAACCGCCUCUUUGGGGUCCCACUUGGAACUAAGAUUUCUUUAGUUACUGUACUACUGUAUUUAUUUUCUAGGGUAAGUAGUCCUUAAAUUAUCUAACCAAUUUAACCUGCUUGACCUGUAAAUAUAAUCUGCAAUAGACCUGCUGUCCUUUUAUCAUUUCUAUGAACGAGCUAGUUAGCUUUAUUUGGUAACUAACUGCUGUCUUGUAGUACGGAUCUAUGUAUCUCUCAUUUAGAGAGCCUUGUGCUAAAAUUACUCUAGAACUUUCUCUAUGCUUUAUGGCAGCCUUGCAGCUGGUUAAGCAUGGUCGUCUAUGGAAAUAUACAUUAAAAGGGAAUCACUUGACUUGGUGUACAAUAUUAGGAGAAAUAUAUACAAGUGAUCUGUCUUUUUUUCUUAGUGCAGUGAAUUUACUAAACUGUGUCAAACACGUUUAGUGCACUUCAUAAGUGUUCAACAUAGUUUUAUCUUUUGCAGUUGUAAGUCUAUUGACAUUUCUCCCAUUGUUCUGGGGGAUGCUCAAUGCUAGCCUAUUUUUGUACUUAGAGGAUAAACACAGUUCAGAGGAUGGUCAUCCUGUCCACCUAGAUGGUACAUCAGAGGUUUACACACGGACAGGAAGUGAUGUCAGCGGACAUUCUAUAGAGUGGGCAUUUUCUAUAAGUGUCGAAACUAGUGCAUAAGUUUAGAAUAUUUUACAAAGCACAUGCCAAGCUUUCAAUGCAACGGGAUUUAACUAAUCAUUUUGGAAACUUGGUUUUUGAGUUCUAGCUCUAUUUGAUUAUUUCUGGUCUAUUUACAAAGGACAUAGAUAAUAGGUUAUUUUUUGAGAUUCUGUAAUUUUUUCGGGGGUUUGGGAUGACAGUGGGCAGCUGUGCCUCUGUUCUGGCCAAUAUAAUGGUUGUAAAGAAUCAUCAAAUAUUGGAUUUCAAAUUACAGUGAAGUUUCUUUUGUUCUUGGAAACAAAAAUGUUUUGCAGCCUUACAUAAAACAGUUUAACUCAUUACAAUCUGGAAUAAAGGAAACAGCUUAAUGUUUUGCUUAAAAUAUUUCUGAUUUAGUUUUGGGGAUAUUUGGACGUAUUUUUCUACACUGUAGACAUAACUUAAGGAAUAUGAGAAUGACGUUGGAAAAAGGAGAGUAUGUUCUUAUGGCAUCUUAACAACGGCAUAUAAACCAUAUAGUAUUUAACUGAUACACAUCUACUGUGCAAUUCACCUGGUAUGAGUGUUGCUCCUCUAUGCUAAAAUAGAUACAUCAUAAAACUGAAAUCUUAAAGGAUUGUCAUACAAGUACUUUACCAAAGAGUGUCACUUUAGUAAGACACGAAGAUGAAAAGUACAGCUUAUUGUAGUCUGUAUACAAACAUGCAACACUACCCCCUGGUGGAUUGCCAGUAGAACAGAAGAAUGCAUACAAUGUCUAUAAUCCUUUAAAUAGCACUACUGCGACAUUUGGACAGUGUAAAUGAUUGUACAUAUUAUUGUAGCAUUGAAGCUCUCCAAUGCUAGGAAAUUGGUUUUCACGGUAAAAGAAAGCUGAAUUGACUUUUUUUGUUGUUUGUAAAUGCUGUGCUAGCAGAUGGACCAUGUAUUUUUGCAAUAAAGUUGUUACAAAGUGCUCAAAACAAGAGCAGAAU